AUGAUUGUUGAAAAGGCAAAGAAAUUCGGCCAAGAUUUAGGAGUGCUGCUGAAAGUGAAUGUAAUUAUUCUGAUGGUUGGCUCAGAAACUUUAAGUUUUCGGCAUGGAAUUCGAAGACUUGAUGUAACUGGAGAAACCCUUUCAGCAAACCAAAACUCUGCAGAAAAAUACAAAGACGAGUUUGAGAAAAUCGUGGCUGAUAAUGAUUUAACACCUGAACAGAUUUACAAUGCUGAUGAAACAGGGCUAUUGUGGCGAUGUUUACCAACAUCUACACUAGCUGGGGGAGGAGAAAAAGCAGCCAAGGGUUUUAAAAAAAACAAAGACAGAUUAACCGUUUUGUUAUGUGCUAAUGCGUCUGGAAACCACCGAGUGACCCCUUUUGUAAUAGGUAAAUCUGCAAAACCCAGGGCUUUUAAGAAUGUUACACACUUGCCUGUCCAAUACGAUGCUCAAUCAAAUGCGUGGAUAACUGCCGCCCUCUUUAAAGACUGGUUUUUUCACCACCUUGUGCCUGAGGUCAAGGAAUCCUUCAAAAGCCUUGGUCUACCAGAAGAUACUAAAGCCAUCCUUCUUUUGGACAAUUGCAAAGCCCAUCCGCCAGUAGAUGAAAGGUCUUUUAUUCAAGGCCUGUUAAAUGCCGACUGUGACGUGACUGAUUUUCAAAAAACGUUUAAUGUAAAAGAUGCCGUCUAUGCUAUUGCACAGUCUUGGAACCAGGUAAAAAAUACAACACUCCAAAAAUGCUGGAGAAAACUUUGGCCAGCUGCAAACCCUGCAUCUGACCUAACUCUACAGACUGAUGAGGAAGAAAACCAUCAAGACGCUCUGACCAAAGUUUUGGAUGUCGUUAGAAGUACUGACAAUCCCUUGAAAAACCUGCCUGAAGAUGAGGUAGAGGAGUGGCUUUUAAUCGACGAGAAUGAGCCUGUUGAACAAGAACUAACCGAUGAGGACAUUAUCAACAUUGUAGUAAACCCUCAGCCUACUCAAAAUCUUGAAGAAAAUGACUCAGAUGCCGAAACGGAAGAAAAGAAAAGAAACGGAAGAAAAUCAGCUGGGCAGAAGCUGCAGAAUCACUAA